CGUUUUUAAACCGUAACUUACCGGUGUAAAAACGGUACAUUAACGCUGAUCGUAAACGGCGUGUUUUUUAUACCAUUUUUAUACCGUUAACGGGCCGUUUUUAUGAUGACCGUUAAUGGGCCGUUUACACGCCGUUAACGGACCGUUCUGUUUGGCCUGAGCAGCUGUUGCUGAUGUCGUUCAGAAAAACGAUAACUCAAUUACAGUAGCUGCUGAGAAAAUCGUUGAUGUUAUGUUUGACUCCCUCUUAAAACAUUUAUGCGAUCAGAUUGAAUUGUUAGAAAGCCGUACUAUUAAACUCGGACAAAAAACACUUGAUUUGGAGCGGUACAAUCGAUCAUUUAACUUGCGAUUUUAUGGGUUUGAAGAGAGAGGAACAAAUGAUAACAUCGAGAAACGUGUGUCCGAAUUUCUAACAAAAAAUCUUGAAAUUAAAAUUCAUCAUCCAGUUAUUGAAAAUUGUCAUCGGGCUGGUGUUAAACGUGUUGGUAAACCCCGUCCUAUCAUCGUUCGUUUCCAUUCGCGCCCUUUUCGUCAAUUGAUUUUGACAUCGUUAACUAAAUUGAAAGGACAAAAAUUAGGGAUAACCGUGCUUGAAGAUUUAACAAAACAAAUGUUAAACUUGUAUUACAAAACGCGUGAUGGUCUUGAUGAUACUGAAAAACAUAAAGUAGUCACACGACAAGGUCGAGUUUAUAUUAGAAAUGCUGAUAAAUCUUUAACAUUGGUUAAAGAUCAUUAA